AUGGAGUGCUACAGACUGACUAAACAGGCUAUUGCAAAGGUAUUUGUUGAAUACUAUCAAAACUUACUUGGAAAGAAGGAAUAUGGAAGGGAGAUAGCAAAUGCUGGAUUACUAAGACAGGGUACUAUAUUAAAUACUGAGGAGCAAUUGAUGCUGGUCCAGGCAUACACGCAGAAUGAGGUCAAGGAUGCUAUGUUCAGCAUAGACAUAAAUAAGAGCCUGGGUCUGGAUAGGUAUGGAAGUGGAUUUUUCAGAGCAGCAUGGAGUAUAGUGGGGCCAGAUGGAACACAGGCAGUACUAGAAUACUUAGGGAAUGGACGGCUACUCAAUCAAAUGAAUGCCACAAUAAUUUUCUUAAUUCCAAAGGUUGAAGCACCUGUUUUAGCAAGCCAAUUUCGACCAAUUGCUUGUUGUAAUGUUAUCUACAAAUGCAUUUCAAAAAUGAUAUGUGCAAGACUGAGAAAAGUUAUUGCAGUGAUUGUAGCGAAUAAUCAAGCAGUUUUUAUAGAGGGAAGAUCCUUGAUUCACAACGUGUUGAUCUGUCAUGAUCUCUUAAGGCACUGUAAGAGGAAAACAACACCAAGAUGUUUAAUGAAAAUCGAUUUAAAGAAAGCUUAUGAUAUGGUUAGCUGGGAGGUCAUCGAGGAUGUUUUGAAGGGAUAUGGGUUUCCAUCCUCAUUUGUACAGCUAGUCAUGAAUUGUGUCACAAUAACUAAAUUCACCAUCAAGCUUAAUGGAGUGGGUUAUGGAUACUUUAAGGGUAGGAGGGGCCUCUGA